UGUCACAUCUAUUGUCAUUUGUCAUCUGGUUUUUUGUGAGGAUUCUGUUUGGUUUUGCAGUUUUUGAAUUUUAGCAAUUUAUUAAAUAAAAUAGCAGGAAAUAUAGUUAAAUUUAUUUAACUAUCUGCAGUAUAAACAUGGAAGACGACGAAGUAGAAAAAUUUGAAAUUACGGAUUACGAUUUGGAAAAUGAAUUCAAUAUUAACCGAAGCCGAAAAGGAUUUUCCAAACAUCAACAAAUUUACGGUAUCUGGGCAGAUGACAGCGAUGACGACGGUGAAGUAAAAAGGCCUGUUCGGGGAGGUAACAAACCGAAAAAUUAUACUGCACCUAUAGGAUUUGUAGCAGGAGGAGUACAGCAGGCCGGUAAAAAGAACAAACAAAAAGAAAUCAAAAUGGAACAGGAAGAUUUAGACACAGAAAAACCGACUACAUCGUUUAAGACUAGAGAUAGUUCGGAUUCAGAUGAUGAAGUUGUUCCUAGAAGAGGAUUUGGAGUACAAGGAAGGGAACCUACACAAUCUACUGUAACAGAAGUUACCAGUGACAUUGCGGGAUUCAGAACAAGAAGUAAACCUGACCAGUCUUUAAUAAAUAGAGGAAUGGGUAAUUGGGAAAAGCAUACCAAGGGAAUUGGUGCCAAACUGUUGCUUCAGAUGGGUUACGAACCUGGUAAAGGUUUGGGAAAAGAAUUGCAAGGUAUUGCAGCACCUGUAGAAGCCUAUCUUCGAAAGGGAAGAGGAGCAAUUGGAGCAUAUGGCCCUGAAAAACUUACUACCGUUCCAAAAGUUUCAGAAAAGGAUAUGAAAAUAAAACAAGAUGACGAACCAGAGAACAAAGGACCCUCUAAGUGGAAAAGGAGUGACAUAGCAGCUAAAAAGUCCCGCUAUUAUUACAGAAGCGUCGAUGAUGUAAUUGAGAAAGGUAAAAAACCAGGAGGUUAUAGAAAUUCGGGAAUUUCCAGUGAGCUGACAAAAGUGAAAGUUAUUGAUAUGACUGGCCCACAACAAAGAGUUUUAAGCGGAUAUCACGCGCUAAGUGGACUAAAGGCUCCUCCAGGUGUAGAACAUUAUGAAGAUGUUGUUCAUAAAAAAUGUCAGAACUUUGCUCUACCCGAAAUACAGCACAAUUUGGAUCUGUUAGUAGAUAUGUGUGAACAGGAUAUUAUUAGGAUCGAUAGGACGAGUCGCCAUAACGAGGAUCGAGUAACAGCUUUGAAGCAAGAAGAAAUUAUGAUCAAAAAUCAAAUUUUAAAAGAAGACAAACUAGUUGAUGUAUUGAAAAAUGUGCUUACAGUUGUGGAUAAACUUAUGGAUCCUUCACAAGAUUACUCUUUGGGACAAAUUAUGAAUAUAUUUAAAGGACUAUUGAAUAAUCAUUAUGAAGAGUAUUGUCAAUACGAAUUAUCUGAAUUAGCUCCUGGUUUAGUUGGACCUUUACUAACGUCAGCCUUAGCUAAUUGGAAUCCCCUGCAACAACCAACUCAGUGUAUAGAGUUUUUCGAAGAAUGGAAGGAUAUUCUGGAGGAACCCAGACAUCGUGGGACACUAGAAGGUAAUAAAGUUGGAAUACAGCCAUACGAUAGUCUCAUAUGGCAUACUUGGGUGCCUGUUAUAAGAACUUGUAUUAGUACGUGGAAUCCUCGGGAUUGUGAGCCACUGAUUACCCUAAUAGAAGCCUGGAAAAAUGUGUUGCCUGUGUGGAUUUUGAACAAUAUUACUGAUCAGAUGAUUAUGCCUCGAAUUAUAAAAGAAGUGAAUAACUGGAAUCCAUUGACAGAUACAAUACCAAUUCAUUUAUGGAUUCAUCCAUGGAUACCAAUAUUAGAUGAAAGGCUUCACGAAAAGGUUUAUCCAGUUAUUCAGGAAAAACUAGGAACUGCUCUUAACGGAUGGCAUCCUUCUGAUAAAUCAGUUAAGCUCAUGCUACAACCCUGGCAGAGGGCUUUGUCAAAGGGUACCUUCUUAGCAUUUCUACUUAAACAUAUAGUACCUAAGCUUCAACUUUGUAUACAAAGUAUGGUCAUUAAUCCCCAUCAACAACUCCUAGAUCCCUGGUACUGGGUUAUGGACUGGAGUGAUAUGAUAUCAGUACCGAAUAUGACCUUGAUUUUAGAUAAAUUUUUCUUUCCAAGGUGGUUGCAAACCUUGGCAAUGUGGCUUAACCAUAAUCCAAAUUAUAACCAAGUUACUGAAUGGUACUCUGGAUGGAAAGGAAUGGUUUCCGAUGAAUUAUUUGCCCAACCGACUAUUAAAGAAAGUUUCCAUAAAGCUUUGGAAAUGAUGAGCAGAGCUGUAGGUAUUAUGCAACAACCUGGGGCUAAAGAGUCAAUAUCGUAUUUAUCAACCAACGAAACGAAUACACCGCUUCUGCCACCUCCGCCAAAGAUUGAGAGUAUAGCGGAAGCAGUCAAAGUGGCUUCAAAAAUACCGCAGGGCUUCAAGGACUUGGUGACGAAACGUUGUGAAGAACGAGGCAUCCUGUUUGUACCAAUAUCCAACAAAUAUCACGAGGCUAAACAAGUAUAUAGGAUAGGCACAAACGGUGUUCAGUGUUACAUAGACAGGAACGUUAUAUUUUACAGUCAGAAUAAUUCAACUUGGAUUCCUACUUCAUUAAAUAGACUUUUAGAUAUGUCCUCUUAAAGAUAUAUUUAGCAUUAAGCCAAAAUUCUUCUCUUAUGAUAUAACAUAUUGUUAUAUUAAUUCACAUAAAUAUUGUUCACAAUAUUGUAUAUAAAAAGAUGUUAAAUUUGACGAUUGUUGAUAUACCGUGUCACAGAUAAAGUUGAAUUGGGACCUUUGAAUAAGAAGAGUAAGGAAGGAACGUAAUGCUAUCCAUGUAAUUAUGCAUGGUGGGCGGAAAAAGGACUCUAGGGUGGGGAUCCUUGACAGUUCUGUUUGACGAUUCAUUUGACACAUUUGAAUUUGAUUUGAAAUUUUGUGGAUUUGUCAAUCUUUACGGAGCUUAUUUUAUGUUAUUUAUUAUUUAUUCUACUACUGAUUGUUGUAUAAAGGUAGCAAAUCUACUUGGAAAUUGUGGCAGAACUUAAAUUAACAGUGACACUAUCGUGAUUUAUCGAAAAAGACUCUAAAAUGGUUGUGUAGCGUGCGGUAGAUCUCGGCAAAAAUCG